AACUUCUAGGGUUUAGAACUACGUAUUCUUUUAUGGUUGCAGCGUCGAUCGAUAGUUGAGGACUCGAUUUAGGUUUUCAUUUGCAAUUACAAGUACGUAAUCUCACCAAAUAUACUAAAUUUCGUCAAUGUCGAUUCCAAGCGAUUUGUAUCCAAGCCAAGAUGAUCUCCUAUACGAGGAAGAACUCCUCAGAAACCCUUUCAGUCUUAAGCUAUGGUGGCGUUAUUUGAUUGCACGAACGGAAUCUCCUUUCAAGAAACGAGCGGUAAUCUAUGAACGAGCCCUCAAAGCUCUUCCGGGAAGCUACAAGCUAUGGCAUGCUUACCUCCGUGAGCGUCUCGAAUUGGUACGCAAUUUACCUAUUUCUCACACGCAAUACCAAACCCUGAACAAUACAUUUGAACGAGCUUUAGUUACAAUGCACAAAAUGCCCCGAAUUUGGAUCAUGUACUUGACUAGCUUGACUGAACAGAAGCUAGUUACUCUUACUCGUAGGACCUUUGAUAGGGCGCUCUGUGCUUUGCCUGUGACACAGCAUGAUAGGAUUUGGGAACCAUAUCUCGUUUUUGUGAGCCAAAGGGGUGUCCCAAUCGAGACCUCACUCAGGGUUUAUAGAAGGUAUCUGAAGUAUGACCCCGGUCAUAUCGAGGAUCUUAUCGAGUUUUUGUUGAAUUCUGAGCUAUGGCAGGAGGCGGCUGAGAGGUUGGCGGGCGUCUUAAAUGACGAUAGAUUUUAUUCGAUUAAGGGGAAGACAAAACAUAGGUUAUGGUUGGAGCUGUGUGAUUUGCUUACCCAGCAUGCCACAGAGAUCUCAGGGUUGAAUGUGGAUGCUAUUAUUAGAGGUGGUAUCAGGAAGUUUACAGAUGAGGUGGGUCGUCUGUGGACUUCGUUAGCAGAUUAUUAUAUCAGGAGGAAACUGUUGGAGAAAGCCAGAGAUGUGUUUGAAGAGGGUAUGACUACCGUUGUCACGGUAAGAGAUUUUAGUGUCAUUUUUGAUGCGUACUCACAGUUCGAAGAAAGUGUGCUGGCUUUGAAGAUGGAAGGGAUGAGUGAGAGUGAGGAUGAAGAGGAAGAUGGUGAGAAAAAGAGCGUUGUUGAGGACGAGGAGGAUGAAGAAGAUGAUCGGCUUAAUGUGGCAAAGUUGGAGGAGAAACUUAAGAGAUUUUGGUUGUGUGAUGAAAAGGACGUUGACCUGAGGAUAGCAAGAUUAGAGCAUCUUAUGGAUAGGAGGCCAGAACUGGCUAAUAGUGUUCUUCUUCGCCAAAAUCCUCAUAAUGUGGAACAGUGGCAUAGGAGGGUCAAGAUCUUUGAAGGCAAUCCGACAAAGCAGAUAUUGACGUACACCGAGGCCGUAAGAACAAUUGAUCCAAUGAAAGCUGUCGGCAAACCUCAUACGUUAUGGGUUGCUUUUGCCAAAUUGUAUGAAAGUCAUAAAGACAUUGCUAACGCGAGGGUGAUAUUUGAUAAGGCUGUACAAGUGAACUACAAAGCUGUGGAUAACUUGGCUAGUAUUUGGUGUGAAUGGGCGGAGAUGGAGCUUAGACACAAAAAUUUCAAGGGAGCGCUGGAACUAAUGAGGCGUGCUACUGCGGAACCGUCUGCUGAGGUGAAACGCAGAGUGGCUGCUGAUGGCAAUGAACCGGUACAAAUAAAGUUGCACAAGUCCCUAAGACUUUGGACAUUUUACGUGGAUCUAGAGGAAAGUUUAGGCACUUUGGAAUCUACUCGUGCAGUAUAUGAGAGGAUCUUGGAUCUUCGGAUCGCCACACCACAGAUUAUUAUAAACUAUGCAAUGCUGUUAGAGGAUAACAAGUACUUUGAGGAUGCUUUUAAAGUCUAUGAAAGAGGGGUGAAGAUCUUUAAAUAUCCCCAUGUGAAAGACAUAUGGGUUACUUAUCUUUCGAAGUUUGUCAAAAGAUACGGCAAGUCCAAACUUGAAAGGGCUAGAGAGCUAUUUGAGCAUGCUGUUGAGAUGGCCCCUGCUGAAGUUGUAAAGCCAUUGUAUCUUCAGUAUGCUAAGUUGGAGGAGGAUUAUGGUCUAGCUAAACGAGCCAUGAGGGUUUAUGAUCAAGCAACAAAGGCUGUUCCACCCAACGAGAAGUGGAGCAUGUAUGAAAUUUACAUAGCCCGUGCAUCUGAAAUAUUUGGAGUUCCUAAAACUAGGGAGAUCUAUGAGCAGGCAAUUGUGUCUGAUGGACUUCCUGAGAGGGAUGCGAUGAAGAUGUGCAUCAAGUAUGCAGAGCUUGAGAAGAAUCUGGGUGAAAUUGACCGUGCACGUAAAAUAUAUGUUUAUGCAUCUUGGUUGGCAGAUCCUCGGACUGAUGGUGACUUUUGGAAUAAGUGGCAUGAAUUUGAAGUACAACAUGGCAAUGAGGACACUUUCCGAGACAUGCUUCGCAUUAAGAGGAGUGUUUCUGCAAGACAUAGCCAGACACAUGUUAUGCUCCCCGAGUAUCUGAUGCAGAAGCCUACUGUUGAUGAAGCCAUGGAUCAACUGAAGAAAGCCGGUGUUCCUGAAGACGAAAUGGCUGCUUUAGAAAGACAGUUGGCGCCUGCCGCCCCAAAGGAUCUCUCCACCAAAGACACUGGAGCUAGAAAGCUUGGAUUUGUGAGCGGUGGUUUACAAUCAUCAGAAACCGCUUCCGGAAUCCUAAAUCAAGAAGAGAUCGAGCUUCCAGAAGGAAGUGGGAGUGAUGAAGAAGACGAUGAUGGUGAUGGGAAAGUUGAGAUCGCACAGAAGGAUGUACCCGAAGCUGUGUUUGGAGGACUCGUUAGGAAAAGGGACGAAGAAGCAGAAAAGGAUAAAGAAAAUGGAGAUGGCGGCAGCCGUCUUGGUGCCCUGGAACGAAUUAAGCGGAUGCGCCAGGGUAACUAGUUUUUCCAGGUUCGGAGUUCGGCUAAGUUUUUGUGUUCCUCAAUAACUUGAGAAUUAUUUAGAAGAAUGUGGUGUAAAAAACUUGUUCUCGAUAUCUACUGCUAGGAGGAAUCUUCUCAUUUGUUAUAUGGAUUUUGUAAACUAAUGGAA